AUGACAGUAGAAGAGUAUGAAGAGAAGUUUGACAAAUUGUCUUGCUUCACCCCUGAUCUAGUGUCUACCGAAGCAAAGAGGGCCGAAUGGUUAGUACAAGGACUCCGAGACAGGUUGGCUGCCAACCAUGCUAGUAUAGACUGUUCUCGUAAAGAGGUGAAUUUUAACCCCUCUAGAGAAGCCAACUUUAAGUUCAAAGGGGCCAGGACUGUAGUUUUGCUCAAGGUGAUUUCAGCGGUUAAGGCUAAGAGAUUGAUUAACCAAGGUGUCUGGAGUAUCUUGGCUAGCGUAGUUGACACAAGAGAAACCGAGGUUGCACUAACCUCUGAGCCAGUUGUGAGAGAUUAUCCCGAUGUAUUUCCGGAAGAACUUCCAAGAUUGCCUCCAUCAAGGGAGAUUGAUUUUAUGAUUGAACUGGAGUCAGGCACUAUUCCUAUAUCCAAAGCGCUGUAUAGAAUGGCUCUGGCAGAAUUGAAAGAACUGAAGGUUCAAUUGUAG